AUGUUCCGUAAGAAAAAAGCGAACAAAAUUUGGGCAUGUAGUGGCGGUGGAGAAGAGGAGAUCAUCUAUCGCGGUCUCUACAUUGCAACAUUUUCUCAAAACUCGUCAGCGAUGACUCAGUACAGUGGAGUGCACAACGUCACACAUGCGAUGUGUCAGGCCGAUAAGGAAUUGGCUAAAAACGAACCGCGUUGUGCUGGGAAGCCAUAUUAUGUGGUGGAUGCAAAUCCAGUGGACUCGUUUCUCUUCUGGCUUCCACUGAUCAAAGCUCUUUCGAGGCCUGCACCUUCAAUAAGGAUCCCAUUCAACCUGGUCUAUUUUGCCGCUUUAUUGUGCGAAUGGUUGGCUGUGUGGUUCAGUAUUCCACCCGUACUGAACAGGUUAGAGGUGAAUCUACUCGGCAUAACCAACACCUAUUCAAUCGAAGGCGCAAUGAAAGAUUUCGACUAUAAGCCGUCGAAUAAUCACGAUUUAACUGAG